AUGUCACCACUCUGGAGUGGAUAUACCCAUGUCAUCGAAAACACGGCCUGCGAUAGCGUCCAGGAAACCGGGCAUGACCCACGCUAUGACACGUACGAAGCGUACAAUUCCCAAUUUGUGUGCGGCGUGAGGGAAGACAUUUUCCCAUACGAAAGCUUAUCCAACAUUGAAGAGGACAGGGCCCACAACGACAGAAGCCACCGCAAUGACCGCAACGACGGCAGUCAUCGCAACGAUCACACCGAUAAGACGGGAACAAAAAAGCUCAUCAACGAGCAUCAGAUGGCCAUGGAGAAGGAUCUCAUUUUUCAAAACGAAGUGCUACGGAAUGUGCUAAAGAGUUCCCAACACGUGAAGGACAUGCAAAGGGAGCUAUUCUACGUGGAUGCGCGCGACUUCGUGCCGGUGAUUCCCCCGGCGCAGGAGCAGAAGGAGUAUUCUCUCAGGAGGGACUAUCCCCAUCGCGGUGACGAAGCGGGUGACAAAACGGGUGACCAUAUCGAAGGAAAUCGCGAUUGUCACUAUGGCGGUCAGAUGGUCAUACAGCAUGGAGGAGACCGCCAAACCGCCGACCGCGGCAAGCCCAGCGGUAAAGGGAUAAAGAGCCCCCUCGCAUCGAAGACAAACAUGGGACCCCCCAGAAUAGGAGAAAUCAAAGUCAACAUAGACGAUAUAAAAAAAGGUCUACUGACAUACUACUCCAACAUUUAUUCUUUGGACCAUUACGAUAUAGAGGAGAGAAUAAACAUAUUGAAGUAUGGUGAGAAAAAUAUUUCUGAACAUGUUCAGGCGAAUUAUUGUUACAAAAAGAGGGAGCUUGCCCAGAGGCCUCCUUUUCUGCAUUACAAUGACGAAUUGGACAACCCUAAUUCUCUUACGUACCAAAGUAUGUUUCCUGAUUAUUACUACAAGGAGGGGGCUGGUCGCUCCAGGGAUGGAAAGGAGAGGUUUCAUUUGGGCAGUACCCUCUUGGACGAUCAGAACAAAAUGGAAGAAACGAAUGCCUUCCACAGUGAAUACGAUCAUGUCGGACAGAUCUCCGAGCUGCUCAGCAGCCUGAAGAAUAAAUGCGCAGACGCAAACUUCAAGGCGCAGAGUCUGACUUGCCAGUUUGACCGCAAGUACGACAACCCGGACAACCGUUUCUGGGUGCACAACCUGGUUCCGAUGCACCUUAGAAAACCGGCCCUCCACAACCAGGACGGAAUCAGAAACCAUCUAGUCACGACAUACUCCCAGCUGUAUAACGAAGCAAUGCUGAAUAAAAAGAAGAUCGCGGCGUUGGAGAAGAAGCUACAUAUACUGAAGCUGCGGGCCAACUUUCCCAGGGGGGGCUACCGGAUGGAGACACGCAAUGCCCUCUGA